AAGAAGUAUAUGUAUGUACUACACCUUUUUCACUUGUCGGUCUUGGGUGUUGUUUGAUUUUGGGAAUCAGACAUGUCGCAGUUGGACCUAACUGGCUGCAAGAAAAGGAAGAGAGGAGACAGGGUUUUUAGAUUCAAGACCUUUGGAGAAAAAGGCUACCCUGCUGAGUUCAAAGGCUCCUUCCGUGAAAAUGUGGCGGCCCUCCUUGAAUUUGGGCAUAUAGAGAGUAACAUGAGUUGUGGAAUGCUAUGCUGGUCGUUUCAGCUCGAGCUUCAUAGCCACCCUCCUGCCCAUAUCUUGCUGUUUGUGGUUGAAGAGCCCAUUGGAGCAUCCACCCACCGUCACUGCAACCACUGCAAAUAUGUCGGCUGGGGGCACCAUAUGAUAUGCAAUAGGAAGUAUCACUUUGUAGUGCCUUCCAGGGAAACAGAGGCAGUGUUUGGCCAUGACAGCAACUAUGAAGGGCCUGAUUCGAGGAAGGGUGAGAGGAGCAUAGUGGGAGUUGAGGGGCAUGCGAUGCAUGGAGUCAUUCACUCCAAUGGCUUCGGCCAUUUGCUGUGUGUGAAUGGGCUAGAAAUGGGCUCAGACUUGGCUGGGCGACACAUCAUGGAUUUUUGGGACCGUUUGUGCACCAGUCUGAGGGCAAGGAAAGUGAGUAUAUAUGACAUUUCACAGAAGAAAGGCAUGGAUUUGAGGCUACUCCAUGGAGUAGCUUACAGUAAGCCCUGGUUUGGUCGCUGGGGAUAUGGCUUUGGGCGUGGAAGCUUUGGUGUUACUCAACCAAUGUACCAGAAGGCCAUAGAUGCUAUACAAGGCAUGCCAUUGUGCUUACUCAUCCAUCAUCUUGGCAGUUCUAACCAUGACAUUCCACUCAUCUUCUCAAGGUAUCAAACAUUAUCGGAUCAUUCACUGGUGACAGUUGGCAAUCUCUUUCAUUUCAUGUUAGAGCUUAAAUCCCGCCUUCCAAAGGAAACUUGUCUUGAUUCAUAUAAUCCAGGAAUCUCAGUGGAAACUACUUGUAGAUGGUCUCCAAAGCGAGUUGAAAUGGCAGCAAGGGUGAUUGUUGAAGCAUUAAGGAGGGCUGAAUUUAGGUGGGUCUCAAGGCAAGAGGUUCGUGAUGCUGCUCGGGCCUACAUUGGUGACACUGGCUUGCUGGAUUUUGUGCUGAAAUCCCUGGGAAACCACAUAGUUGGGAAUUACUUGGUUCGACGCAGCUUAAACCCAGUGACAAAAGUUCUGGAGUAUUGCUUAGAAGACAUCUCCACUGUAUUUCCCAGUGAUGAAGGUUUGGCCAUGAAUGAUUCGAAACUGAAGGCUCGCUACAAGAUCACGAGGAUUCAACUAAUGAAAGACAUGUUCUACUUGUACAAAAACAUCCUAAAAGAGCAAAAGCAGACGGUUGCCACAGGGAUAUUUAGUACAAUACCUGUAGCUGCACGGGUAAUUCUUGACACCAAAUAUCUAAUCAAAGAAUAUUGUGGGGGGCAACCUUCAGAAGUCAAAGUGGGCUUGAAGCUCUAUUGUACAGUUGUAUCACGAAACAAUGAUGAGGAUGAUGAUGGAAUAGAAAAGGCACUUCCACCAUUUGAGUGUAUCAUCUUCAAAGAUAAUUCUACCGUCAAUGAGCUUAAGCUAGAAGUUGAAAGGAACUUUAGAGAGAUUUAUUGGGGAUUGAGAAGCUUCUGUGUGGAGUCAAUAGUGAAUUUGAAUGCCAAGGGAUCAGAUUUGGUUUUUGGGCUAGUUGAAGCAGGCAGUGAACUUCUCUUUGAAGGUAAUGACAGCAAGGUUGGAAUCAACAAUGAGGGGAUAUAUGAGAGUGGUCAUAAUAACUGCACUGUGGAUUGUCCUUGUGGAGCUAAAGAUGAUGAUGGUGAACGAAUGAUAUCAUGUGAUAUUUGUGAAGUUUGGCAGCAUACACGGUGUGCUCAGAUUCCAAAUAAUGAAGAAAUUCCACAUAUAUUUCUCUGCAAUCAGUGUGAGCAAGAAAUCAUACUAUUUCCUUCUCUACCAUAGUAAUAUACCAAUUCCUUGCUUUACCUGCAAUAUUUGAUACUAACUCAAACAAUGAACCAAUAGGAAGUUAAGUGUUGGAAACCUCCCAUAAAACAGUAGUGAAAAAGCUGUUAUUCUUAGUUUUUAGGCAUCAUGCUUGAUCUUUUACCUUUUAUCUUUUUAUUUUUAUUCUUCAUAGCAAUGCUAUGAGCCAAUCCAAGCUUUCUUUCAUUCAGCCUCUUAAAAACUGGUAGUUCUCUUCAUCUCAUUUUCCUUUUCCUGCCAAAAUACCAUUCCAAAAUGCAGGAUUGUUUGAUCAUUGACAAUGCUGGGAGAGUUAAUGUUAAUUAACAUUGGGAUCCA